AUGUCAGAACAAGUGAAUGAUAAAAAGCCCGUGGCUGCAAAAGCUGCAGAGUCAGCUAGUGCUGCUCCAGCUGCUGCUCCAGCUGCUGCUUCUGCGGCUGAUGUGGAUGAAAAGAAGCUUUCCAAUAAAGAAUUGAAAGAGUUGAAGAAGAAAGAAAAGGCUGCCAAACGAGCAGCCCAAAAGACGGCAAUUGGUAUCAGUCCUGAAGACCAAAAGAAGAUUGCCGAACAGAAGAUUGAAAAGAAGAAACAGCAAACUGCCACUGUUACUAAGUUGAAGAAGCAAAUGGAUCAGACAUUGAUCAAGCCUGAAAGAAGAAAGGUUCCACAUUUAUUUGGACAUUUGGAAACUCGUGAACAAAGAAACGCAUCAUCUCCAACAAUUAGUCAUAUCGUUCAUCCAGCCAUUCUUUCAUUGACUUUAAAAUAUUCAAAUUAUAAAAUUGUGGGUUCUAAUUCAAGAUUAAGACAUAUGUUGUUGGUGUUUAAGAGGAUCAUUGAAGAUUAUGUCACUCCAGAAAAUACUACUUUAACCAGACACUUAACUGGACACUUAUCCCACCAGAUUGAGUAUUUGAAAUCUGGACGUCCAUUGUCAGUUUCCAUGGGUAAUGCCAUCAGAUGGUUGAAGCAAGAGAUUUCCCAUAUUUCAAUUGAUACUACCGAAGAACAAGCUAAGGAAAUACUAUGCGGAAAAAUUGAUGAUUUUAUUAAAGAGAAGAUUGAAUUUUCUGACCGAUUGAUUGUUGAUAUCGCCUCGAAGCAUAUUGCUGAUGGAUCUACUGUCUUGACUUAUGGACAUUCACAAGUCUUGGAAGAGUUAUUCCAAUAUUGUGUAACUGAACAAGGUAAAAAAUUUAAGUUGAUUGUAGUUGAUUCAAGACCAUUAUUUGAAGGUAAGAAAUUAGUGAAGAAUUUAGCCAAUACUUAUUUCGACGAAGAUGUGGAGAUUAAUGAUUUGGAAUCAAUGAAUAGCAAAAAUGUAGCCCCAGUUCGUGUUCCAAUAACAAAGACUCAUGUAAGCAUUCAAUAUGUUUUAUUAAACUCCCUAGCUUCCUCCCUUUUGGAUGAUGUUGAUUAUGUCUUUUUAGGAGCACAUGCGAUGUUAUCUAAUGGUCGUCUUUAUUCUAGAGUUGGUACAGCUUUAAUUGCCAUGAUGGCUCAUACUAGAAAUAUACCUGUCUUGACUUGUUGUGAAUCUAUUAAGUUCUCGGAUAAAGUUCAAUUAGAUUCAGUAACAACCAAUGAGUUGGCCGAUUCUGACGAUUUGGUUAAUGAUAUAGCUUCUAAUAAGCCACCUCAAAAGAAAUCAUUUGCGUUAGAACAAUUUAUAAAACAAGCAGAAGCAGAAGCAGAUAAGAACAAAUCAAAGCAGCAACCAAAAGGAAAAGGUGGUAACCAACCAAAUGAAGAGAUACAAGAAGAUGAAGAUUCGGAUCCAUUAAAGAAUUGGAAGGAUUUACCAGCAUUGAAUAUAUUGAAUAUUAUGUAUGAUUUGACUCCACCAGAGUAUAUAGACAAAGUUAUAACAGAAUUAGGAUCAUUACCUCCAUCUUCCGUUCCAGUUAUCUUACGAGAAUAUAAGAACACAUAA